AUGUGGCUGUUUGUUUAUUCUGUUGAAGUUUACUGUUUUGUUUAUGAAACAACACCACAUAUUGACAGAUAUAUGGAUGCUUGUCAUAUAUAUGCAUGGAUUUUGGUUGAUAAUAUUACUAAGGAACGUACAACGACAAAACAUCAACCGAUCAUAGUUUACAUAAUCCUACGCAUGUGUGGGCACACCAGUCGGUUUCAAGACCGAGUAAAAUUGCCAUUUAUGAAUAACUAUUUACUUCACUCAUUUUGUGGUGCUGCACUGUUGAUUCAGACUAGUAUGAAAGAUAUAGCAAUGUUAGCUAUUGAAAACUGUAGUCUAAAGAGUGAUUCGAUAUGGAUAUCUGAAACAUGA